CCUGUGUGGAUCUGGGUGUCUCUGCCUAUGGAGUGUCUGUGUGUGUCUGUGAGCAUGUAUGUUGGCAUAUGCCCAUGUGUGACCGUGUAUGUAUCUGCAUGUGUGGGGGUGGGGGUGAGGUUGCUCAGAGAAGCCCUGGCAGGUCGUGGAUCCUUAUUCGGCAUCACUGUAGAACUUGACUCUGUCAUGGGCUCCCUGUGAAAGGAGUAAGUGCCAAGGGCCUUGGGAUGAGACCUGCACCACUUCCUGAUAGCUGCUCGUUCGGUGCCCUUGAAAAGCGACUCUGUGUACGCUCCUUGACUACACGCGGCAGCGGCUUAGUCACCUGGGCCAUCUCAGUGGCAGUGACAGUGGACCCGACGACGUUGUGAAAGUCUGUGUGUGUGUGCAGGAAGCCUGCUUAUGGAUGUUUGAAAACGCAUCUGUGUGUGCCUGCAGGGGCCUUGGGACUAGGCUGGCUCUAGAGGUGGCGCAGGCAGUGGCAGCCGUGGCGGUGAGGCAGUGGCAGCAGCAUUUGUGGCAAAGGAUGCCCCAGGGCCUGGAGCGUGCGGAGGGCUGCUGGGCCUGGGUAGUGCUGCUGGCCUCCCUGGUGACCCAGGGGCUCACCCUGGGCUUCCCCACAUGCACUGGCAUCUUCUUCACUGAACUGCAGCAUGAGUUCCAGGCCACCAACAGUGAGACCUCCUGGUUCCCCUCCAUCCUGACAGCCAUGCUGCAUGCUGGGGGUUCCCCAGGCUGCCCACCCUGGACGUGUUGGAGCGUGAUGGGAGGGCCGUGGCCAGUCCUCUUGAGAAUGGGAGGACCCCUGUGCAGCAUCCUGGUGGAACGCUUUGGCUGCAGAGUGACCGUGAUGCUGGGGGGCGCACUUGCCAGCCUGGGCAUGGUGGCCAGUUCCUUCUGCCGCACCCUUAGCCACCUCUACCUCACGGCAGGGUUCAUCACAGGCCUGGGCAUGUGCUUCAGCUUCCAGUCGAGCAUCACGGUGCUGGGCUUCUACUUCUCUCGCCAUCGGGCACUGGCCAACGCGCUGGCUUCAGUGGGCGUCUCCCUGGGCAUCACGCUCUGGCCACUGCUCUCCCGCUACCUCCUGGAGAACCUGGGCUGGAGAGGUGCUUUCCUCAUCUUUGGCGGAGUCUUUCUCCACUGCUGCGUCUGCGGGGCCAUCAUGAGGCCCGUGGCCACCAGCACGGCCCCUGCGACCAGAGAAGGCCCCCCUCCACCUUCCAACACGUCCGCACAUGGCUGCCUGGCGGCGUGUGGUGCGACCAUCCAGCGCCACCUGGCUUUUGACAUCCUGCGGUACAACGCGGGCUACCGAGUGUUCACACUGGGUGUUGUGUGGAUGAUCCUGGGCUUCCCGCUGCCUCAUGUCUUCCUGGUGCCGUACGCCAUGUGGCAUGGGGUGGAUGAGCACAAGGCAGCCCUGCUCAUCUCCAUCAUUGGCUUUAGCAACAUCUUCCUGCGGCCCAUGGCUGGGCUGGUGGCAGGCCGCCGGGACUUUGCUAGCCACCGGAAGUACCUGUUCAGCCUGGCAGUCCUGCUCAACGGCCUCACCAACCUGGUGUGUGCAGUGUCGGCUGACUUCCGGGUGCUGGUGGUCUACUGCUUGGUGUACAGCGUGUCCAUGAGUGGCAUUGGCGCCCUCCUCUUCCAGGUGCUCAUGGACAUUGUGCCCAUGGAUCGGUUCUCCAGCGCCCUGGGCCUCUUCACCGUCCUGGAGAGCAUCUCCAUCCUCAUCUCCCCACCACUGGCUGGGUUCCUCCUGGACACCACCAACAACUUUAGCUACGUCUUCUACAUGUCAAGCUUCUUCCUCAUAUCAGCUGCCCUCUUCAUGGGUGGCAGCUUCUGUGUCCUGCAGAAGAAGGAGAGGCAAGGCAGGCCAGCCGAGGCCGAAGGAGCCAUCCUAGAGGUUGCCUCGGAGCGAGGCUUCAUGGUGGAGGACUCACGUGGUUCCGAGAAGCAGGUGUACACCGAGAUCACAUAUGUGACCAGCGUCUGAGCCCUGGGAUCGUGUGUGUGACCAGUGGCUGAGCCCUGAGGUCAGUGAGUGACCACUGCCUCAGCCCAGGGAUGUGGUAUCCAGCUGCCAGAGGCUGGGGUGAAGGGCUGACCGGGAAGCUUGAACCAAAAGCCAUCCAGGCUCUGCACAUUGGGACUCAGCCAGGAGCUGGGACCUUGAAGGCGGGCCUCCAGACUCAGGGUGCCUUCUAUCCAGCAGAAUCCAGGAGCGGGUCCUCCUGACCCUUCCCCUUGGGCACCAGAGUGAGUCCAAACCGUCCUUGGCUCAGCUGGCUGCCCAGUCCUGCUGCUGCAGCUCAGCACACUAGGCCCUCCAGUCUAGCCUGGAUGUCUCUGACAUGACCUCUUUGUCCUUCUCCAGCCUCCAGACAGUUCCAAAGAGCCCCCCCCCACCUCCGAGGCCCUCCUGCCCCAUUUCUUCUCAGGUGCCCCAGCCUUUACCUUAGGGCUGCCCACAGCACAGGGUACCGGGCCUCAUGCUUACUGGAACCUUGGGAAGAAGAACCUCACGUGUGAAGAGUUAUGGCUGGCGGCGGAGAGCCAGGCUGAGAGGUUGGCCUGGACGCAGGCUUCGGACAGAUGAAACGUUGGGUGGAAGAGCCAGCCUGGUGUCUGAGCAAAGAACUGGAGGGAAGCCCUUCCUUGGCUUGAGUCCUAGAAUCAGUGAAGUGUGAGGGGUUCCCUCCACACUGAGCAGGGCCUGCUCUAGGGUCUCUUCCCUUCCUUGCCCUCCCUUCCGCCCCACCCCCCAAUCUUGGCCAUGAAGAUUAGUGCUGGGGGGGGGGGGAAGCCUGACAUGUGGCUGAGCAGGGGAGGGGAAGGAUUGCCAGGCAGGACCCAAGGACCUCUGUAAAGAUGAGGCUGCUUUUCCAACAGAAGCCCUUUCUACUCCUCCCUCCUGUCCUGCUCUCCGUAUAGUGUCAGAGGCGUCCACCCUGCUGCCUGUUGGCCUGUGCCUGUUGCACAGAGGUCAGUGCUCCCCACACACAUACUCUUUUUUGCUGGUACCGGUUCCUGAGGGCAUCACUUGGGGGCUAGCUGUCAUCAGCCCAAACUUGUCCCAGCAGGGUGCCAACUGAGGCAAUGGAAAAACAGAGUUUGUUUGAAUCACACACAAAAAACGUUCCUGCAGCAGGUUAUAAACCCAGUGAACUAUUGAAGCUGGAAAGCAGGCCGGGAGUAAAUCCCUCCCCUACCUCUUCAGUUCUCCCUGCUCAGCAGGGGUCCUCUCUGACCCAAGUCCUUGUUUGUUGAUUCAGGCUCAACCAGGCUCCAACAAGAAAGCCUUAUCAGGAAAAUAAAUUUUAUUUUCGUGACCUGA